UUUUUGUAUUGAAAAUAUCAUACGUCUUUUCUUUGUCAUUUCCAUUCUAUUGGAAAUCCUGGCAUGACAGACCAUAUCCAAUCCCAAUUCACGAUAGAGACGAAUAGAUGAUCCAAUCUCUACAGGUGGUGUCGUAAUCGAAAUUCUACAUAAGCGAAUCUGACAAGGCAUUAAGACUCAACCCAUCCAUUCUUAGCGAAAGCUUGUCCGAUCCCUUGUCCUCCAAUCCUUUUGGCGUAUCAGACAGCGUUAACAAGCAAAUAGAAAAUUUUAAGGAAAUGGAGGAAGCAAAACCGGUCAUUUUUACCAGGAGGGCGGUCCUAACGGUUGUAGUUUCUGUCACGCUCUUCGCCACGGUCAUACGUAUGGCUGUUCUUAUUGCCCCCUAUAACAGCCAUCAUAGUCGUAUAGUCAUGAAAAAUUCAGUCCAUAUGGCCUUGGGCUCAAAUCAUUCGAUACCACCGGCUUGCCAGGGCUCUGCAGAUCCUCCGCUGUGUGCUUCGACUAUGGCUAUUUUAGGAUCAAAAUGGCGUCAAUAUGACCACGACGAAACUUCUGUAGAUCUUCUCAAACAAGCCAUCCUGAAAAUAAGUGCCUUCGUAGAACAAAGCACAGCGAGGGCUUUAGCAUUGAUGCCCAAAGCUGCCCCAGGAUUAGAGAAAAUCGCUCUUGAAGACUGUCUCGAUCUUUACAACCUUACUCUCGAUGAGCUCGGGCAGGCGUUUCAGUACUUGCUCAACUUCAGCCAAGAUUUGAACAAUCCCGAGCAGGGUUUUGAGGUCAGUUAUGCCCAGAUGUUUCUCAGCGCCGCCAUUACCAACCAGGACACGUGCAUUGAAGGAUUUGCCAACACAAAUGGGGUCCUCAAAUCCCAAAUGCAACUCAGCGCUGAAGUAAAUUCUUAUAUCCUUAGCCCUUGUCUUGCCUUGUCUAAGAAAAUUUCAGAUCUCUCUGCAGCGUCUCCGGCUCCCGCUCCAAGUCCGGCCAGUCGCCGUGCUUUACUUGGGGACUUGAAUGAUGGUUUUCCGGCGUGGUUGUCGGCCUCAGAUCGCAGGGUUCUGUGGACGUCUGCUGGAGAUUUACAUAUCGAUGCCGUAGUUGCCCAGGAUGGUACUGGAGAUUACUGUACAAUUAGCGAGGCUGUGGAAGAUGCACCUCAGAAGAGCGAAAGGAGAUAUGUUAUAUAUGUUAAAGCUGGAAUAUAUCGUGAGAAUAUUGAGGUCGAGAAGAAUAAGCGAUAUCUCACGUUGAUUGGAGAGGGCAUGGACUGCACCAUUGUAACUGGCAACAAGAGCGUUGCGGAUAACCUCACCACAUAUCAUACUGCAACUUUUGCUGUAAAAGCCGAGGGAUUUAUUGCCCGUGACAUUACUUUUGAGAACACAGCGGGAGCAGAGAACCAUCAAGCAGUGGCCCUUCUAGUUGCAUCCCAUGAAUCAGUGUUCUACCGGUGUAGCAUGAAAGGCUACCAAGACACUCUUUACGCUCAUUCACUUUACCAAUUCUACAGAGAAUGUGAAAUCUACGGUACAGUAGAUUUCAUAUUCGGCGAUGCCGCAGCAGUGUUUCAGAAAUGCGUGAUAAUGGCGAGGAAACCCAUGAAAGGUCAGCAAAUCACCAUAACAGCUCAAGGCAGGAAGACUAGCGACUCAGAAACUGGCUUUUCUGUCCAUGUCUGCAACAUCACGGCUGCUCCUGACCUUCUUCCUGUGAAAGACUCCUUCCAAACAUUCCUGGGCAGGCCAUGGAAAGAGUAUUCUAGAACUGUGUUCGUGCAAUCUUAUCUAGACGAUAUUAUUCAACCCAAGGGUUGGUUGCCAUGGAAUGCCUCAGAUUUUGCCCUAAACACUCUCUUCUACGGCGAGUACAAAAACUAUGGAGCUGGUGCAUCAGUUGAAGCACGUGUGAACUGGACUGGUUAUAAGAUCCUUGAGCAUCCUUCACAGGUCAAGAAAUUUACUGUUGCCCGUCUCAUUCAUGGUAAAAAAUGGCUUAAGCGUACAGGAGUCCCAUUUAUCGCUGGUUUGAAGCGUGGUCACAGAAACUGAGACUCGUAGUAACAUUCUCUUCUCUUUUAUCCUGAAUCUCGACCCAUUGAAGUUCUGAUCGUCUUUGUAUUUCAUAAUUCUUCCUGUUUCAAUGUAGAGGAAUGAUUCUUUAUCAUACUGGAAUAAUGGAGGGCUAAUUGGUCUCCCUCUAUUCAUUCCCUUUGCAUCUUGUUUGUGAGGUGAACUGAUUGCAUUUUCAAAUGAAGAGUAGAUUAGAUUCUC